AUGGCCAGCGCCGCGCACGGACGCGCCCUGCCCCUGCGCUCGCGCACGCGCGUGCCGCCAGCUCGCACGGCGGCGGCGGACGCCGCGGAGCGCGCAGCACGCACACAGCGCGCCUCGCUCCUCGCACAGCACCGCCGCCACCGCCGCCUGCUCGAGCUCGGCGCGACAUGCUUUCCGGCGGACCGCACGCGGCCCACGCCCGGCGGCGGCGGCGGCGGCGGCUCCGCCGAGCAGACGAUCACCGCCGUCAUGCGGCAGUCAGCGAACGAGGCGCAGGCACCGCCCGUGGCCGCGGAGAAGCAGCUGCACCGCACGAGCGCGGGCGUGCGUCGCCUCCUCGCGGCGCGCCGCGGCGCCAACGCCCUGCUGGACGAGGCCGCGACGCUCGGGCACCUCGCGCGCAUGCCGUCGUUCCUCCUCGGCGCACCCCGCUGCGCCUCGCGCCCCCUCUGCAGCCCGCGCAUGUGUCGCGACGCACCACGAAACGCGCUGUGA